AUGCGAAGCUUCAUCAUUCUGUCUGCAAUCGUGGCCUGUGUCUUCGCCGGACCCCUACAACCUGGCAGGAGCUAUCGUUCGGAAAACGAGAAAGGCAAUUAUGCUUUCGGCUACGCCAGUGAAGGGGGAUCUUUCCAUCAGGAGACGGGAAGUCCCGGUGUGAAAAUCGGCAGCUACGGUGUCAAACAACCGGAUGGAAGUGAGCGGGUGGUCAAUUACGUCGCGGACGAAAAUGGUUUUCGGGCCUCGGUCGAGGUCAAGGACCCGGACUCGGUAGCUCCAGUGGACCUUCUGGUCGCCCAGGCUCAUCCUGUCGCUGUCACGACCGUGACUAGUCCCUCUGAACCAGUGAAAAUCGAGGAGAAGACCGAGGCCGCGGACAAAACCAUCAGACGGGUCGACGAAGCCAGCGUAGACCAAUCUCUACAGAGCGUGGAUCAAGUGACCGACAUCACGGAGAAGGAGCCUGCCGUUCCGAGACCAGUUCAGCAAGUCGAAGGAGUACUCGUGCAACCCCAGAUGCCCGCUCAUCAGCUGGAGGGAUCCGUUCCGAAACCGCAAGACUUCCCGGCAACGGUGUUCUUCGUACCGCUUCCGCAACAAGUAGCCUACAGCCGAGUGCAGUCUUAUAGCGUGCACGGCUUCGUACCGGUGCCAAUUGUACCCUACCGACAGGUGCCGAAAGUACCAUCGUAUCAGAGUCCGCUCCAGAUCCCCGGAGUCCGCGAUCAGAUCCCCCAGGUUCCGCCCCAAGUGCUCACUUGGCAAUAUCUCGCGCGUCCGCUUCCCGCCGUCUCUCAACAACUGUCCCCCUAUCAACAGAUCCAAUCUUACAUGCCUAUGGUUUUGUAA